AUUCAUUAAAAAAGAAGAAAAAAAUCUUUAAAGAAAAAGCCCUUAAUGGAAAACAAUGAUAUUAUAUUAUCCGAAAGUGAAGAUGAUUUUUACGAUAUUACAAAUGACAUUGAAAAUGAUGAAAAUAAUUUAUACCAAUUCAAGAAUGACACAUCAAUUAAGCCUAAAAGUACCUCUUGUUCAAUUGACAAAUCAGAUCGAAAAGAUAAUAUUGAAGGAAACGUAUUUGAUCAUUGUGAGAAGGAUCAUGGUAAAACUGAUAACAUAACUUAUAAGGAGGGAAACAUAAAUAAAGAAGACAUUAUACUACAAAGAAUGAAGGAAGAAAAUUUAUUGUCCCCUGAAGAAUUGGCUGAGAGAAAAGCCAAAGCAGAAGAAUUGAAAAAUGAAGGCAAUAAACAUUACUCAGAUAAAAAUAUUGCUGAAGCAUUAAAUAAUUACACCAAUGCCAUCAAAAUAUGCCCUCUUACUUUCAACAGACAAAUUUCUAUCUACUAUUCAAACAGGGCAGCUUGCCAUAUGCAGAAAGCACAAUAUACAGAAUCAAUUUUAGACUGCAAUGAAGCCCUAAAUUCGGACCCUACAUUUGUCAAAGCCUACGUCAGAAGGGCCAAAGCCUUCGAAUCAUGCGAAAGAUUGGAAGAUGCCCUCAAGGAUUAUCAGAAAAUCCUGGAAAUAGAUAAAUACAACGGGCCAGCUCUUCAAGCCUGCCAAAGGCUUCCGCCGCUCAUAAACGAAAAAAACGAGAAACUGAAGACCGAAAUGUUUGGAAAGCUAAAAGAGUUGGGAAAUAUGGUAUUAAAUCCAUUUGGUUUAUCCACCGAAAAUUUCAAAGUUAAUAAAAAUCCUGAUUCGGGUAGUUAUUCCAUAAAUUUCCAACAAAAAUCUUGAUGAAAAUAUCUUAUGAAAUAUAUAUUUGAUAAGGUU